CCCACCAACAUGUUAUAACCAGUCUGGGUGACUCGCGUUCUCCCCUCUGAGUCACAGGAGUCAUCAGUCGUUCUGUGAGUUUUAUUGAGGGUAACUCUCUCUUUCUUACUUUUUCAGUGCAUUUUGUUUUCUUUUAUUCGGCCUGUAUGCUGCGAUAAUUGUGUCUGUAUCAAUUUCAAAAUUAGUGAAAUGAACAAACGCUGUUAAUUACGUGAAUCUGUGUGGAGAAGAUUAAACAUUGGAUUGGGAGUGAUCUAAAAAAGAAGAUCAACUUAAGAAGUAAGAACUCGUCAAUUUGGGUCUCAGCAUAAUCUAGUCUACCCUGGAGUUGGUCAAUAAUGAGGGACAUGGCGGGUAAAAUUGCUGAAUUAAAGUUUGAGGCUCCUCUUGCACGAUUCGAGGAAGAAGAAACUGCUAGUUUAAAAAAUAUGAACUUAUUAACAGAGCACUUGUUAGAAGCAAAUUUAGAGGUGAAUUUUGGAGAAAACCGCAAUGAUAAUGAUCCCCAAAUACAUGAGAAUGGCACAGAUAUUUUGCAAGAAGGAACAUUCAGUCCUUUUAGUGGAAGCUUGGAAGAUCUGGUCAAUACGUUUGAUGAGAAAAUAACAUCUUGCUUUCGAGAUUAUGCGACAGAUGUAGAAACUCUUGCUCCAGUCCAAGUAAGGACUCAAGAAGAGAUAAUGAAUGAGUGCCAAAUGUGGUGGACAAUCACGGGAACAUUUGGAAGCAUUCUACCAAUAGACUGGAGUAAAUCUUACGCAAGAAAAAUGCAUAUGCCUGCAUUGAAUCUCAAUGAAGCUCCAGUAGCAUCAAUGGAAAAGCCUGAAUUAGAAGACCUAAGUAGUGAAGAUGAAGCAGUGGCUACUGAUUUAGAUAUGCAUGCAUUAAUAUUAUCUAGCAGCACAGAUGCCACUCAUAGUCCUGAAGAGCCUCUAAAAACUGCGGAAGAAGUUUUACGUGAAAUAGAUGAUAUUAUGGAGGAAGAAAGUCCUUCAUUAGAAAGAUCUCCAGACACAGAUGGAUCUAUGCUGGAUACUGAUGAAGUUUUAGAACGAAGCCGAGAAGUUCUAGGAUCUCCGCUUUACGAGAAAAGUAAGUUGAAACAGUUAUCAUCAAGUGAACUAAUCGGACUUCUGGGAGAAAUGGAAGCUCUUGUAGCAGCUCUUAGUGAAACUUUAAUUGCUGAAUUGGCAUUGAGAGAUGAAUUAGAAUUUGAGAAAGAAUUAAAGAAUCAAUUUAUUUCAUUACUUCUCGCUGUUCAAAAUCGUAGAAGGCAACAUCAUGUUACGAAAAAACGUGGAAAUGGAACCAGUCCAUUACCCCAACACAGAACACUACAAGAAUCGAAAUAUCUUACUACUGUUAUUCCUUAUCAUACAGAUAACGGGCCACCAAACAACCAAGCACUGCAAGUAUUAAUCAAAAUUUUAAAAGCAAUUAAUGAAGACAGCCCAACCGUACCAACAUUAUUAACUGAUUACAUUUUAAAAGUUUUAUGCCCCACCUAGUGAAAUAAUGGGUUGGUUUAACGAAACGACUGGUAAAUUUAUUAUAAAUAUUGACACGGAUUGUCCCUAAACUUCUUGCCAACUUGCUUGCAGUCAUCGUUGUAUACAAUUUAUUUAGUUAUUGAAAUGAUAUAUCUAUUUGUUAAAUAGCUAUUGCUUAUUUUCUAUUUUUUGAAAAUCAAUUUCGUGGAUGAAUUGACCAUUUUUUAUUAAUUGCUAAGCAAUUAUCGAGUGGUACAAUCUUCUUUUUUUCUGUUCUAGUCUUUUAUUUACGCUUUAAAUAUAUCAUGAUACGUACAUGAACAUAUGUAUUCAAAUUAAUUGCAAUGAUUUUGACUACAACUUUAUAAUUUUUAUAUUUAGAUAAAUAUCAAUUAUCGAUCGACGAUUACUUAGAUUAUAUUUAAUAAUAUAAUAGAAAAUACAAUAUUUAAAUAUCAAGUGAAGAGUGAGAAAAAUUAUAAGAUACGCACUGACUAUCUUGCACGGAUUGAAAAUUCAAUGAUUAUAAACUAUUAUUAUAUCAACAGACGUCAUGGAUUGAUUUACAUUCAUUUAAAAUUACUUAUGAGAUUAUUAUUAUAAUAAUUACUUUAUUAUUUCAACUAAUUUUUAUUCAUUUUUUGAGUAUCUGUACAUAUGAAUGAUAAUAUUUUUUACUUACUUUUUACGCUUCAUAAUAAUUAUAAAUUGACUUUAAUGUGAAUAAAGUGUAGAGAAUAAUGUUAUUCGAAAUAUCACUGUAGGGAGAAGAACCAUAUAGUUCAGUGUAUUUGAUGUAUAAAAUAAAUCAUUGUUAAAAUCACUAA